GUCGUUCGUGACCUGUUUUUUUCCUUUCUUUUUUUUCGGGGUUGAGGCCCCGCGAGGCCACUUCGGGGUGUCGGGUCGCCGGUUGAAACUACAGGUUAAGCCAGCACGAUCGGAUUAUGAGCCCCUUGAGGGAACGGAGCUGAUUGAAUGGAAGAUCCCUGCCGUCCAUUGCUGGGGGGCGUCUGAGUGGGAGAGUGGGGGGGCUUUUGGUUCCUGAACGCCGCCGGGCACCCUAACCGGAAGAAGAUGUUUGCCAAACUGAAGAAGAAGAUUGCUGAUGAGGCUGGGACUGCCCCGUGGCCCGGAGGCCUCGCCAGGAUUCCCCGAUCGAUCAGCAAAGAAUCCGUCACAUCAGCAGGAGCGGAGUCGGGCGACGAUUUUCCAUCUGACGGAAGCAGCUCCAGGGAAGACCUCUCCUCUCAGCUGUUCCGAAGAAAUGAACAAAUACGGAAGCUAGAAGUCAAGCUAUCCGAUUAUGCUGAACAAGUCCGAAACCUGCAGAAGAUCAAGGAGAAGCUUGAAAAUGCCUUAGAAACACAUCAAGAUUCCUUUGUGAAGAAGCUCCAAGAGCAGAACGAAACACAUCAGACCAACCUGGGCAAGAUGGCGGAAGAAAUGAGCUUGGCGCUAGAGAAGAAAGACCAGGAGUGGCGAGAAAAGCUGUCACAUCUGGAAAAGGCUGCUAAACAGGAGAGGAAGUUUCUUUCGGCCCAGUUACAGGAAAUGAGAGAACAGAGUUUGAAUCUGUUCCAGAAGAGGGACGAGAUUGACGAGCUGGAAGGCUUUCAACAACAGGAGCUUGCGAAAAUCAAGCACAUGCUUCUGAAAAAGGAAGAAUCCUUGGCCCAGAUGGAGGGAGAGCUGAGAUCUUCCACCCAGGAGUUGCUACAAACACGAGACGAAUUGCAAGCGUCUCAGGAUUUGUCUUCGCGCCUGGCCAGAGAGGUUCAGGAGCUGCAGCAGCAGCAGGGGGAUCUUACAACGGAAAGGGACGAGCUGAGAGAUGCCAGGGAGAGCGCAGAAAGCAAGAUCACCAGCUUGGAAGAACGCAGCCAAGAGCUGCAGUCCUAUGCCCAACGCCUGUCAGAAGAUCUGCAGAAGGCUCAGCUGGCUGCCUCUAGCGGGGAGAAGAACCUGGAGGUGUUGCAGGAAGAACACCGGUCCCUGAAGCUGGAAUUUGAAGAGCAAAGGCAAAAGAUGGCUCUCCAAGUGGAGGAGAAGACCCAGCUGGUAGACCAACUGCAGGAAAAGGUAGCCCACUUGGAGAAGCGAUUGGAAGGCAGCCUCUCCGGAGAUGAACAUUUUCAGGAGCUCUUCAGGGAGAAAAGUGCUUUAGAGCAAAGCCUAGGAGACACUCGACAAGAGCUCCUGACGGCCCAAACCGCUCACAAGGAAAGCCUAAAUCUCCUGGAAUCUCAGAUCAGCCAGCUGAACUGCAGGUUGGCCACGGAGGAAGCGGUCCGGAGAGAGAACGAGGAAUCCCUCCGCAGUCUCCAGGCGAGCAGAUCGCAGCAGCUGCAGGAUUUGGAACAAGCUCUUCAGCUCGCCGAGGAGGCUGUGGCCAGGAGCCAGGAUGAGCUCAGGGGGAAAGAAUUGCAGUUCCAAAAGCUGCAAGUGGAUCUGGAGUCCGAGCAGACCAAAUCCCGGGAGGGCCUCUCUUCCAUGCAGUCCCAGUGGAUGGACCAAGUGAAGCAGCUGGAAAAGCAGGUUUCUGACCUUGAAGCUGCCCAGGCGUUGGAAAGGGAAGCUGUCCAGGAGAAGUCCAGCCGGCUGGAGAGAGAAAACGCCAAACUGAAGGACAGAUGUGGAGGUUUAGAAAGUUCCUUAAGACGAGAGGAGUCUGAAUUGGAAAGAGCCAAGGCGCAGCUGAGCAGCCAGACUGAGGUCAUCCAAGCCUUGGAGGAGACACAGAAACAGAGCAAGUCUCUGCAGCAGCAGGUUGCGGAUCUGACCUUGUCGUUACGGGAAAAGGAGCAACAGAUUGCAGCCAAAACGGACAGUCUCCUGAAACGGGAGGAAGAGGCAAAAUCCUUAAGGCAAGGCCAUGAUCUCCUUUUGCUGCAGAUGCACCAGUUGCAAUCCAGCCUCGAGGCGUGCCAGGGCCAGGCGGCGGAGAAGGAAGCCGCCCGGCAGGAGCAGCUGCGGGUUCUCCAGACGCAGCUCCAGGAACAGCGAGAGCGGCUGUUCGCCAAUGAGAAGCAAGCUGCCGUGUUGGAACUCACAUCGAUCGCUUUGGAAGACCAGUUGCACCUUUCGGAAGAUGGAGAGCCGGAACCCAACGGAGAACUGGUUUCCUCCGAUGCCGUCCAACUCCAGAAGGAGAACCGAGACCUGGAGCAGCAGAUAGUGGAAAAAAACAAGAUGAUAAAACAGCUGCAGCAGAGAAUGGCAGAGCUCAAAAAAACCUUGCAGAAGGAACUUAAAAUUAGACCUGAUGGUGAAGUCCCUGAAGUGCCCACGGCUGGUUUGACUGUAACAAACAACUCAGAUCUGGGCGAUUCCCGAGAGAUCAACUUUGAGUAUCUGAAGCAUGUGGUGCUAAAAUUUAUGUCCUGCCGGGAAUCGGAGGCCCUUCAUUUGAUCAAGGCUCUGUCUGUGCUGCUCAACUUCUCCCCAGAGGAAGAAAACAUGGUUAAGGAAACCUUGGAGUACAAGAUGUCCUGGUUCGGCUCCAAGCCCCAUCCCAGAGGGAGCGUCCGUCCGUCUGUCUCCAACCCGAGGAUGAUGUGGUCCUGAAGUUUUAACCAAGAUGUUCUGCUCCGGUUGUUGGGUUUGGUGGUGGUGGUGGGUGGGUGGGGGUGGUUUGUUGUUGUUGCCGUUUUCCAUGAAAAGAUGCACCCAACAACGGUGGUUUUGAUGGCGGUGGCCACCGCGUGCCACGGACUCGGAGAGGGAAGAGGAGGAAGACGUUUGCAGAGUUGACUUAUACAAGGGGGCCACUCUUGCCACUGAUUUGUGGGCCGAAAGAGUUACCAUAAGUGGUGUCUUGGUGCCUUUGGGCUUUUGUAGGCUACCAAACAUCUCCAGCGAUGUGCAGCAGGGACACAGAAGUCUUCCCAAACUGCCUGGUGGCAUUUAAUCCUUGAGAUGAAAAGCGUUACCCAUCUUCCCACAUAGGUACCAACUCCGCCACCCCCUCAAGUCUAUUAACACUACACCAUGGAAGUUUACUAACAGGUGCAGUUGUGAGCGCCAACGGUUUGGGUGUGUGUGGGUGUGUGUGUGUGUGAAGCAGCUCUCAAUAACUUUCCACCUGGCCGGUUUUAUCGGUCGUUUUUUGUUUUUAAAAGAAAAAAGAAACAGUUUUAAACAGGGCUUUCCGCAGAGGUAUGGGUGGCAAAGGGAAGGAUUAGCCCCCCCUUUUCCCCUCGUUUGCAGGAAAAGGAAACCACGGACGAACGGAGCGUGGCAGCAAAAAUCAUAAAACCCCUCGACGGUUUUUUUUUUCCUUUGCAUUGUGCACGGUAAAAAAAGUGGGUUUUUUUUUUUAAUGGUUAGACAGGCUAAUUGCAGCCCUGCUCCUCCUUCGCCGAUUUAAACCUGUAGGGCUGCUUCCCGCCCCACUUCUUUUCUUAAAACAAAUUCACAUUUGCACCCCAGCUUUGUUUGAACUUAAAAGAACAGUGUUUUUACCCCCUUCCCCCUAAAAAAAACCCCAACCGAAGCAAACACUUUUAGCGAAUAAAACUGCAGUGUUUUUACAAACUAUUUAGAGUCGGGCUAAAAAAAA